GUUUGGUUUUUGCUAAAUGUUUUUCACGUCAAGGGUGGUAAUCAUUUCUGUAGCAAGGCUGCUUCCUCUAUAAUAACCACUUCCUGUGCAAAUAAAGUGUUUGAACGGGUAUUCAUCUAGGUGCACAGACCUGAAGAAAUAAGCGAACAGGUGUACGAGCCUCAUGAGAAUGAAACAAAACUUUGGGACGUCAUAAGAACCUGGGAAUAAUGGUGGGCUGACUAUCUAAAGGAGCUUUAGUCUUUCUAUGGAAAAAGCAUUACAAUCGAGACGAUUUAUUGUUCUGGUUUUGUUUUUGAAAUGUGCUGGAUUGCCAUCUUAAAUACUACGUACUCUGACAAUAACCCGGGGUGGUCUUGAACAAAAGCUGUGUGAUGUCACUCGCAAUGAAAGCAAGACAGAAAGGGAAAAAGAAAUCCGGAAAGGACAAAGUCUUUGGAUGUGACUUGGUGGAACAUUUACAGUUGUCUGGACAAGAAGGUAUGGGUCUUAAUCACAAAAAUCUAAUUUCUUUUAGUAGUACAUCUAAAGGAAGACGUGUAAAUAAAAACAUACUAAUAAUCUGUGAAGUACAACAGUUUCAGAGUAAUACAAAUAAUUCAAAAUGCCAACAACAAAAUAUGUGACUUCACCAGGUGGAACUCUGAGAAGAUGGCAUCAUAUCGGACAGAGUACAUUAAAUAAACCACCUGUUCCAUUCAGAGAUAUUAACUACAGUAGGACAAUAAAGCGUAUGAUACCAUAUCCCUGCAUCGAAUGUGUAAUAUAUACUCGAAAAUGUAUUAACUAAAACAUGUGCCAACUGAUUUUGUACAUGGUAAACUUUUUGUGUGCAACUUGUACAUUUUUUAGUUGCUAGAUCGCUUACAAAGAAAACAUGUACAUAUAAUGUUAAACUUCCCAAUCCAGAUAUAGGAUUCAAAUCAAACUUCUCCAGUGCCACAUAUAAUUUCCAAAGUUUGCAACACCAAGGGCCGCAAAGGACUUUUGCCCAAACUUAGGCCGCACCCUAAUUCUCCACAUACACCUAUAUUGUGCAUUAAUAUCCUGUAUAUUGGGCAAACUCAUAACUGAAAGCUAUUCCAUCUUUUAAAUGAUUGUCAACACAGACAGUUUAAUUUUUUUGAUAAUUUAAGAAUUGGAAAGGCCGUGAAACAAAAGAAUAUGUUUUUUUUUUGUUUUUUUUAAUAUAGGACAUGGUUUCCUGAGCUGCAUUAUGCAAUGCUCACACAGGAAAUUAACUUGUGCAAACCAUUGCUUCUGUUUUCUUUCAAAGUGCAGCAAUGAGCACUUGUACUCGUGAUUUAACCAAAUAAAAUUAUAUGUAACCGAGCCUAUUUUUUUUCUAAACAAACAAUAUUAUUUAGCUUAAUAUUUAGGUGCUUCAAUUAAUACUUCAACGUUUUAGCAAGUCCAACUAUAUUAACUACUAGCAAUGUACAGAUCUCAUGGGGAUACGUGUUUGUAUGCUGUAAAAUACUUCAAUAUGAUAAAAAAAAAAAAUAUAUAUAUAUAUAUAUAUAUAUAUCUCACUCUAGACCAGGCUUCCCCAAACUCCAGGUGUUGCUGAACUACAACUCCUAUGAUUCUAUGAAUGAAAUAGAUAGGUUGAGAAUCAUGGGAGUUGUAGUUCAGAAACAUCUGGAGGGACAGAGUUUGGGGAAGCAUGCUCUAGAUUAAAGAGAGUCAGAUAUUUUACAGUGUUGCUUUUAAUUUUAACAACGAACAUACAAUCCUCAUCUGUGUGUGUGAACUAAUUUUGAUAAUUGAGCCUAUUGAGCCUAAAUGGUACUUCACACUCCAGGUACUCACGCAUGAUAUUUGCAAUAUGUAGGUUAGCUUAUAGUUAUUUUUUGUUCCAUAUUAUCAUACUUCCUGCCCCUCCCUCCCAAUCUACAGUGUUUUGUUAUUACUCUAAUAAGAAAGUUGUGUUGUAGUUUCAACUGUUUUUUUUUAAAGGAGAAGCUGACAAUUCAACUACAACUGUCAUUGAGUCAUACCCUGGUUUUGGUAAGAACUCAUUGCACUUAUGGGGUAAGCUUAGCAAUGCCAUAAAAUGUUAAGGGAGCAUAAUGAUACGUUGAAUCAGCUCACUGCAGAUGCUGUAAACCCUGAAAAUGUACUGGAAAUGCAAGAACUUCUACAGUGAUUAUUUUUUUAGUAAUCAACUCUAGCUGCACUCGAGCAGGGACUCAUGGGAUGCUAGAAGUUAUGAGUGAAGAUAUAAAAUUCAGUUUAUAAAGGAGCUUUAAAGAGAGCACAUUGGACCUUUUCCCCUUAUCCCCUACGUGGUUGGGUUUAGCCCAAUAGGUCAAUGAACACCUUUGAAGGGUAUCUUAGAUUAGCUUAAAGCAGAUGAUCGUAGUAGUCCCAUAUAUCAUAAAUAUAUACGGGACUACUGUGUCUUAUAGACAAGCCUGAGGAUGACAAAAGGUGGAGCUACUGAGCUACUCUGUCAGCUUUUGUCCAGUUCCAUCAUCCACCACAAGGGACUGUGGGAUUUUGGCAUUAUCUUUGGAGGCUCCCAUGCUCUAGCGGGAUACUCCAUAGACCUCGGAGCUCCUGGCAGUUCAGCUCCUGAACUGCCAGGAGCUGAAGGGGACUUGCGGGAUGAAGAUAGUGGCGGCCACAAGGGACAGUCUGAGGUAAGUAAAACUUACCUUCCAGUGAAUCGUACACUUUUGGGGGUCUUUGUGAAAUAUGCACAGAACCCCAAAACUGAUAGAUCCACUUUAAUAUAUACUAUUGGAUAUCAAUAUUUCCAUUGUGUUAGGUUGUUGAUAUUAUCAAAUGUAUUAUUAGCACAAGCAAAAAUGUUUACAAAUAAUAUUAAAAGUUUGUAUAUGAAAAUAGUUUGGGUUUUAGCUUAGCCACAGUCACACGCAAUAUUUCAGAUGAACUAUCAUAUUGAUUUUCUUCCAGACCUGCAUUUAGUGUGCCUCUGCACAGUUUAUAAACUGUUGAUGUUGUCACCUAAUUCACUGCCCAACUGAUGCGUUCCAUAUGUUUCUUGUUGUUGAAUUUGUUACUAACAGAACACAUCAAUUAACAAUAGUUAGUAACUAACAACACAUUUAAACUAACAGUACUAAGGCUUUGCACUUACUAACAACUGUCUAGUCUGGAGAACAAAAACAACAGAAAAAUAGCCAACAGUAUUGUAUUGCAUUGCAUACCAAUUUGUGUAUCACCAUCUAGCUCCUCAGGGUUCAGUUCUUAUUUACCUUUGAGGGUCUAACAUGUCUCUACGUGCCUUCUUUAAAAUUUACCAGAUUAUUGUCUGAUAUAAAUUGGGAGUAGAUCUUCUUACCUGGCAAGAGUUUAUGUUCAUAGGCCACUGUGUUGGGCCUCAAGCAAAGCCAUCCAUUGAGGAAUCCAGAUCAGAUUAAGCCAGAUUUACAACCACACCUGCUUACUUUGCCUUUUGUGACAGACUCUACCUUUCCAAGACUAUAUUUACACUAAUGUGUUUAACCCAGGUUUUAAUAGAAUAUCACAAGAGUGUACUAUUUGUCUUUCAUUAACCACAUGUGCAUACAGCAUUUCUCUAUAAAGGUUGUUAGAUGUUGGUUCAUUGUAGGCCCAUAUAAAAACAUUCAAGCUCUUUUGAAUUGUUGGAGUUCAAACUGAUCUGAUUUUAGAUCAAAAUAAUCAAAUUGAAAACACACAUGAGCAUUCUUGAGGUUUAAAACAUAAAAUUCACUUUGAAUUCACAAUGUACGCAUUAGUGAGUAGUCCUGCGGGGCUCAGGGUGGUAUAACCAAAACGACAGAAAGAAGUAAGGAUGAGCACUGGGGACCCGCACAUGGACUUGGAACACUAUGCGGUCCAUGUGGAAAGGUUCAAAUAUCUUCCCAACUGAACCACAUUGUGGUUUUUGCUCUUUUCGCUCACAGACAGUUUUGCCUGGUAAUGCAUAUUGGUGGCGUGGCUUUGUCAUAGGGACUCAAGUGUUGAAAUGGAACAGUGGUGGAUCCAGAGCCUUAUUUAAAGAAACAAUCCAGGCACAAUAACCACUACAUCUCUCUGUAGUGGUUAUGGUGACAUGAGUGCCAUGGCACCCUCCAAGAGUAACUAGUCAAGCCGUGUAAGAACAGUUUGACAAUUUACCUGGGUUCUGCCAGGAUAUGGGCUGUAGUAGGGGACAGGGCUUCUAGUAAUGUGUGUGUGUGUGUGAGUAGGCACUGUGUGUGUGAGGGGUGCAGUAUGUGUGUAUGGGAGGCAGUGAGUGUGUGAGGGAUGCAAGGUGUGUAUGGGAGGCAGUGUGUGCGCGAGAGAUGCAAGAUGGGUAUGGGAGGCAGUGUGUGUGAGGGGCAGUGCAUGUAUAUGGGGCAGUGCGUGUAAAAACAUAACAUGUGGGUGCAUAACAUGUGGGUGCAGUGGGAGCACUGUGUGUAGGAGGGACAGUGUGUGUUUGUGUGAGUGGUGUAGUGUGUGCAUGGGAGUGCAGUGUGUAUAUGUGAAGAAAUCCCCCUUUUAUUACACUAUUUUCUGCCUAUUGCAUUCGGUAGUUGUAACUACCGAACAAAGACCACCCCCCUGGCUCUUUAAACAUCAAAGACUGCUUCAAUUGUUGCCUCUGUCUGUGCGGCCAGCGUUCGUACUGCCGAACGCCACGUGGCAGAGAAAACCGUGGCCAUCUUUGUUCGUGCGAACAAAGGCAGCGGGACUUGGUCGUCGAGUGUAUGGAACUGAAAUCGCACACUCGACUUCCCGAACACCGGUCUCAAACAGACGAACGCUGGAACUCUACUUACCGAAUAGCUAGAAGAGCGCUAUUCGGUACUUUGGUGCAUUCGACAGAGGGGAACGAUUGCUGCUAAGAGCCAGGGGGAUCCAUUCGUUACUUUGUUCGCUUUUCUCAUUUUUCUACAGUGACAAGCAAAACCCACCAAACUCAUGGAACUGUUUUGGGCAUACAGCCCAGGGUGAGCCGGUUACAGAAGACCUCCAUAGUUUUUGAGAACCCCUGAACCGAUCUGGGUGAAAUUCGGAUAUGUUGGUCACCCAGAUCAGGGCUAUCAGGGGACAUGUUAUUUGUGGGGAUACUCCAAGUAUAAAGGGGUGUCCCAGUUAUUGGGGAAAAAUUUGAUUUUUCUGCCUGGAGAUAAUCAAGUUAUUAUUUUAUCAGACUUAAUUAUCUCCAGAGCUAGGGGAGGGAACUGUGGGUGUGUGUUAUGUUUUUACAGUACGUGAUUGGUUAGUCUUUGUCCCUCCCUGAGGGAUGUCCCCUUGCAUGGGGACUUGCAUAAAAGCCUGUGUGCACCCAUUAAAAGUUAGUUCAUUUUGUACCCUUCUUCUUGACUUCGGCUGAUGUUUGGGGAUUCGUAUGCUUUAUUAAGGGAAUUAUCUUAUGAAGCUAUUUGUAUUCAUAUGGACUUCAUCGAUUUCAGCUACCGAACAGAGAGCUAUAUUCACUGAUGCUCUGGCGGUUCGGGAGGAAACUACCGAAUGAGGUUUAAAUAUACUUGGUUUCCUUACAGUAUAUAUGGGGUGCAGUGGGAGCACUGUGUGUAUGGGGCCAUUGCGUGUAUGAGAGUGUAGUGGGGGCAGUGUAUGUAUGAGAGUGCAGUUGGUGAACUGUGUAUAUGGGGGUACAGUGUUUGCAUGUGGAGCACUGUGUGUAUGGGGGUACAGUGGGGGCAGUGUGUGUAUGGAGAAGUAUGUGUAUGUAUUUAGAGUGGGGGCAGUGUGUGUAUGGGGGUGCAGUUGGGGCAGUGUGUAUAUGGGGAGCUGUGGGGGCAGUUUGUGUGCAGUUGGGGGUGGGAUCAGAUUAAAACAAAUGUUUUUUUUUUUAUUAACAAAAUAUUCUUUAUAUCCCCCCUCCCUUCUUACCUUUGCCUAGGUAAGGGGGAUAUCAAUUGUGAAGCCCUAGUGGUCAAGGGAAGAAAUUCCCUGGCGGUUCUAGUGGGGAGUGAACUCUAGCCUGCAGCUCCUAAGGCUAGAGUUCACUCUCACGAGAACGGAGAAUUGCCAUGGUAAUGCUCCAUGCUCGCUAAAAGAGACCCCGCGGAGCUGCAAGCUAGAACUCCUGGGUAGCCUCUCCCUCCCGUGCCAACCGCCCAGCAAUGAGCCUGCGGACCAGUGAGUUAGAUCUCUAAUCUCCCCUCCGGUCCGUGAAGGCAAUUAGCAGGGCCGGCGCUUGGAUAGCACUGGCCCUGCAGGGGAGAGCAUCGGCUCUCGGGGUGGGGGGAGCAAUUGCCCCAUUGUCCCCCCUCCCCCCCCGGAUCUGCCACUGAGAUGGAAGAACUCCUCUUCAAGAUAUAAAGCCAUAUAUUUGAAGUCUUACCAACUCAUACUGCAAGCUUUCUAGGGCAUUCUAUUAUGGUUUCUUUGUUAUACUUUUCAUAUGCUUAUGAUCUUCUACAGGUUAACCAUAAAAAUACUGAUGAGAUCUUCCUAUUCUGAACUAUACAAGACAACAGUUAAUUCCUCUCCCUCUCCCGCCCACCUUCCCCGUCUGAGUGCUGCCCAGGGCUUUCUCAGAUUAUCACUUGGAAAACAAGAGCCUCUUCUAGAUUAUAAUAUAUCAAAAUAAUAGGAGUUAGUUUAUGCAAUAGAUCCCUUUAUGGAUUCCUAAGUUAUGUACUACAGCCAUGUCAUAAGCAACCUGCUACUGUGACUCACAUGUGGCUGAAACUGACUUCAGAAUUUGAAUAGGUAACAAAUCUGACAAGAAAGGCCUGGGCCGCAUGAACAUCUGAGGAUGGAGGCAGAACAGGCCGUUGAACUAGAAAUCUCAGAAGCUUAUCACCCAUUUGUUCAGAAUACCACUCUUUCUGUUCUCUAUUAAGAAUGAUGGGCUAGGGGUUUGCAACAAGAGCUGUUCUGUGCACCUGAUGCAACUUUAACCCACCAAAUAUCAUGUGAUGGGAACAUCCGGCCAUCCUUAGUACUUGUUGAUCCCAGGAAAUAAAUACAUAUACAGCCAUUUUCUUCACCAUUAAAGUGUAUGUGUGUGCCAGUGUUUUUUGCAUGUGCAAUGUAAGUGUGAGCACGCAAGUCUCUAUCUCUCUGUGUUAUAUAUUUAAGUUUGCAUUUUUGUGUGCAUGACAAUGUUUCUGCACCUGUACAGUGUAAAAAUGUGAGCAUGCCAGGUGUACCUGUGUUUUCCUGUGUAUGUAGUGUUAGUGUGAGGGUAUGCUAUUGUUUCUAAAGCUUUGCAGUGUCACAAAGUGUAUAAGUGAAUAUCAAUGUGAGAGCAUGCAAGUGUACCAGUUCAAGUUCACGGUCAGUGUAUGCAUGUCAAAGUUAUUCUUUGUGUUUAUCAUCAGUAUGUUCUCUAUGUGUGUAUGCCAGUUUUUCUAUAUUCAAGCGUACGGCAGGCCUGCUCACUCAGCUGCCUCUGCUUACCUACCCAAAUCAAACACAUAGAAUUACAUUCCCCCUCACUAAUUUAAAUCUCCAUUUACAUUCCCAUGUCAUGCAACUCCUUUAUCACCCUCUUCAUGAACUUGUGGCAAUAAUGGCAACUGAUAAUGUAGAUUUAGUCGCUGUUAUGGAGACAUGGUACAAUGAGAAAAAUGAAUGAGACAUAACAAUACCAGGGUACUCUUUAUAUAGAAAAGACAGGGAAGGCAAGAAAGGGGGAGGUGUGGCCCUGUAUGUGAAGGAUAGCAUAAAAUCUAGCCUAAUAAAAGUUAGUGAGGCGAACAUAGAGUCCGUUUGGGUUACGUUAGAAUUUGGAAAUCACACAGUAACUUGUAUAGAUGUGAUUUAUAGGCCCCCAGGACAAAUAGAAGAGUUAGAUAAUCUACAAGUCGAGGAAAUAGCUAAAAUGACACUGAAAGAGGAAGUUAUCAUCAUGGGUGACUUUAAUCUUCCUGAUGUGAACUAGAAACCCAAAAUAGCUGCUUGUGUCUUAAGCACACAUAUUCUAAACUCCCUACUGGGAUUGUCUCUAAAACAAGUCGUUGAGGAGCCAACUCGUAAAAAGGCCAUACUAGAUUUAGUGUUAACAAAUGGAUAUUUGGUAUCAGAUAUUACUGUACGUUAAAGUUUAGAAUCCAGUGAUCAUCAGUCAGUGUGGUUUAAUAUAAGAGUCACACCACACAAAAACAAAAGUUUUAGACUUUAGAAAAACAGAUUAUUCUAAAAUUAGAAUAUGUGUAAAGGAGUUCUUAUCGGACUGGAGCAAUUUAAAUGGAGUCCAAGAGAAAUGGGAUAUUUUUAAAAGUUGUGCUGCUGAAGGCACAAAAAAUUGCAUUAGGCUUGUCAGUAAAAUAAAAAAAUUCAAGAAACCACUGUGGUACUCCGCAGAAGUGGCCAAAAGAGUAAAAAACUAAAAGUUAGCAUUUAGUAAUUAUAAAAAAAACCAGAGUGAGGAAGACAGAAUGAGCUAUAAGAUUAGACAGAAAGAGGCUAAGCAAGUUAUAAGAGCUUCCAAAUCACACACAGAAGAGAAAAUAGCAGUCAGUAAUAAAAGGAGACAAAACAUUUUUUAGAUACCUAAAUGAGAAAAGGAAAGUAAAACAAGGAUUAGUUAGAUUAAAAACAAAAGAAGGAAGGUAUGCAGAAGAGGAUAAAGGUCUAGCUGACUGCCUCAAUGAGUAUUUUUGUUCUGUAUUUACAGAUGAAAAUGAAGGAAAGGGGCCUCAGUUAAGAAAAAGGACAAAUGAGUAAUUUCUUACAUGUGAGUUUACAUAGGAAGAGGUUCUAUUUCAAAUGUCAAAGGUAAAGACAAAUACGUCAAUGGUACCUGAUGGAAUGCACCCAAAGUUAUUAAAAGAGCUUAGUGGUGUACUAGCAAAACCAUUAACAGAUUUAUUUAACCAAUCAUUAACAGGAGUAGUCCCAGAGGAUUGAAAGUUAGCGAAUGUUGUGCCCAUUGACAAGAAAGGUAGUAGGGAGGAGUCGGGCAACUAUAGGCCAGUAAGCCUUACUUCAGUAGUGGGGAAAGUAAUGGAAACCAUGUUAAAGGAUAGGAUUGUUGAACAUCUAAAAUCAUGUGAUUUCAAGAUCAGAGACAACAUGGGUUCACUUCAGGGAGAUCAUGCCAAACUAAUCUUAUUGAUUUUUUUUGAUUGGGUAACUAAAAUAAUAGAUCAGGGUGGUGCAGUAGACAUUGCUUACCUAGAUUUCAAUAAGACUUUUGACACUGUUGCACAUAGAAGGCUUAUCAAUAAACUGCAAUCUUUAAGUUUGGAUUUCAUUGUUGUUGAAUGGGUAAGGCAGUGGCUGAGUGACAGGCAACUGAGGGUUGUAGUCAAGGUAUGUCUUUUUGCUGAUGAUACAAAAAUAUGUAAGAGGGUUGAUGUUCCAGGAGGGAUAAGCCAAAUGGCAAAUGAUUUAGGUAAACUAGAAAAAUGGUCAGAGUUGUGGCAACUGACAUUUAAUGUGGAUAAGUGCAAGAUAAUGCAUCUUGGACGUAAAAACCCAAGGGCAGAGUACAGAAUAUUUGCUAGUCCUAACCUCAACAUCUGAGGAAAUGGAUUUAGGGGUGAUUAUUUUUGAUGACUUAAAGGUAGGCAGACAAUGUAAUAGAGCAGCAGGAAAUGCUAGCAGAAUGCUUGAUUGUAUAGGGAGAGGUCUUAGCAGUAGAAAGAGGGAAGUGCUCAUGCCAUUGUACAGAACAUUGGUGAGACAUCACUUGGAGUAUUGUACGCAGUACUGGAGACCUUAUCUCCAGAAGGAUAUUGAUACCUUAGAGAGGGUUCAGAGAAGGGCUACUAAACUGGUUCAUGGAUUGCGGGAUAAAACUUACCAGGAAAGGUUAAAGGAUCUUAACAUGUAUAGCUUGGAGGAAAGACGAGACAGGGGGGAUAUGAUAGAAACAUUUAAAUAUAUAAAGGGAAUCAACACAGUAAAGGAGGAGACUAUAUUUAAAAGAAGAACUACCACAACAAGAGGACAUAGUCUUAAAUAAGAGGGGCAAACGUUUAAAAAUAACAUCAGGAAGUAUUACUUUACUGAGAGGGUAGUGGAUGCAUGGAAUAGCCUUCCAGCUGAAGUGGUAGAGGUUAAUACAGUAAAUGCGUUUAAGCAUGCGUGGGACAGGCAUAAGGCUAUCCUAACUAUAAGAUAAGGCCAGGGACUAAUAAAAGUAUUAAGCAAAUUGAGCAGACUAGAUGGGCCGAAUGGUUCUUAUCUGCCGUCACAUUCUAUGUUUCUAUGUUUCUUCCAUUUACAUCACUGUCCACCGUUUAGAUUCAUACAUGCCUGAAUAUUAACAAUUUUUCUCCACCAGUUCCCUAAGACUUCCUUAUAUUUUUAUUCCCACACACCUAUCACAGCUCAACCCCGUUUACAUUCCACUACGUCCAUGUCCAAUAUAUUCACACCACUAUUUUAAUUUCAUUUUAUUCCCCGAUAUCCUUUUUCUAUUUAAUCCACACUUAUUUUACAUUCCAGAGUUGCAUGUCUCCUAAUUUUCUUUAUUAAAUACCACUUUUCUUACUACAUUCCUCUCCUGACCGCUUCCAGGGACCCUACUUGUCUGUAUCACAAAGUGUGAGCAUUUAGCUAAUAUAAUAUUGAGCCUACCCAGACUAUUUGUUGCCGCAUUUUAAAUACUCCAUGCACAGUGCCUGAGUUUGAGUAAGCGGUUUUCUACUUUGUUCUACAGAGGUUUUAUAUGCUGUUCCUUGCUCUGUUGUAAUUCGAGCUCUGCCACCUUACAGACACAUUCACCAAGGUUGAAGUUUCACCUACCAGUGACUAAUGGGCAGGUAGACAUUUUCUUGCUGCACUUAACUAUCUUACAUGUUCAUGUCUCUAACACAAAUAACCUCAAAGUCAUGCGAUGCUCAAGCUGGGUGACUGGGUGAGGAGAAAGUGUGCUUGCCCCUGCCUAACAACGGGUCUGGAACUAUAUGAAGAUAUUGAAGAAAACUCACCAGAAGCCAGAAAUGAAAUCAGUAAGUCUUCGAUAAUGAGUGGGGAAGCCACUUCCGCACUUUCCAAGUAAAAGAACUAGAAUAAGAAGACCAAUAAAACAAACUUCCAAUCAUCUGGACGACUUAGCUUUCUCUGUGUUAGGUAUUUUUACUGUAAUGUAAUAUGAAUUUUGCCACCAUGCUAACCUAUUGGAAUUCUUACUAAUUUACAGAUUACUAAAAUUGGAACUCUAAUUUAGUGGUCCUUAAUCAAGUCCUUGAGGCACACCAACAGUCUGGUAUUUACUUUACUUUUCAAUGGAGAUAGACAAGACUGGUCCAUCUGUCUUUCAAGGACUGGAUUGCGAACCACUUUGUCUAAAUCAUGUUGUAACGUCUCCUGUGUGUACAGGCACCCCACUUUCUAAUUUGUGACAUUUAGGACAUUCAGGCAUAGUCACAGCAGUGUUAUUGCAGCUUGUGUCCACAUUUGACUUAAAAGCUUUUUUUUAGACACAUUUUUGUGUUUCUACACCUAUAUGCCCUUUUGAACACUUUUUUAACACACGUCAGUGCCUCCUGUCACCCUUAUAGGAUUGGUAUAAAAGGUUUUUAAAGGGACACUAUAGUCACUCAGACCACUUCAGCUCAAUGAAGUGGUCUGGGUGCCAGGUCCCUCUAGGUUUAACCCUGCCUGCUGUAAACAUAGCAGUUUCAGAGAAACUGCUACGUUUACAUUUGGGGUUAAGCCAGCCACUAGAGGCACAUCUGCGACGCUGGAGACAUUUAAUGCCUCCAUCACGCAGAGCGUCCAUAGGAAAGCAUUGAAAAUUGCUUUCCUAUGGACACUUUGCAUGCGCGCGCGGCACUGCCGCGCAUGCGCAUUCCGCUCCGCUGACGUCAGACGGGGGAGCUGACAUCGGCGGGGGAGGAGAGGUAAGAGAGCCCGGCGGUGGAAGAAGGUGAGUAACUGAAGGGGUUUUAACUGUUUUCCUGACACUAUUGUGAUCGUUUAAAGUUAUUCUGGUAUUCAAGUUGUUUGCGUUUUAAAAGGAUAUAACAUUUAAACCUUCUAGGCUUUGGUUUUGCCCACUUAAUUUUUUAUUUAACAUGCCUGAUUGAAGAGUAUACUGAAACUGAGACUCUUGGAGGAGGGGAGCUUAAUCUUUUAUGGGUCACAAUAGUUGUCAAUGCUUAGAGAAUUGUUGGAAAUGUAGGAUUUAUUUUUUUAAACUGGGAAUUUGCAGAGAAUUGUAGAGUUUAGGCAACAAUAAGAAAUGCUUAAUCUUGGAUACUUUUCCAGCAGUGAUAUUUCAUCUUAAGAUUUGUAAUUCUUCUAUUCUCUAUGAUUUCCUAGGUUAGACAGUAACACUGUGGAAUUUAUUCAAUAAACAGCAAAUUGUAGAUUGCAAGCAUGCUUGAACAGGCCCACGUCACCUGUUUCUGUUGUCUUUAAUUAGUGUGUAGUAUUGCUCGUCCAGAUUAGCAGGCAAUCUCCCUGCAUUUUUUUGAUCUCCAAAUAAAUCAUAUAUACAAUGAUCAGCCAUGACAUUAAAACCACCUGCCUAAUACCAUGUAGGUCCCCUCAUGCUGCCAAAACAAUUCUGAUGAGUCGAGGCAUUGACUCCACAGGACCUCUGAACAUGUGGUAUCUGGCAACAAUACAUUAGCAGCAGAUCCUUUAAGUCCUGUAAAUUGUGAGGUGGGGCCUCCAUGGAUUGAAUUUGUUGCUCCAGCACAUUCACAGAUGCUCAUUGGGAUUGAGAGCUCAGGAAUUUGGAGGCCAAGGCAACACCUUGAACUCUUUGUCAUGUUCUUCAAACAAUUCCUGAACAAUUUUUGCAGUAUGGCAAACUGAAAGAGGAUAAUGUACCCUGCCAUUAGGGAAUACAAUUGCCAUAAAGAGGUGUACGUGUCUGCAACAAUCUCUAGGUAGAUGGUACCUGUCAAAGUAACAUCCACAUGAAUGCCAAGACCCAAGGUUCCCAUAUUGGAUCCUGCUGCCACACGCACACGGCCAUCCACCUGAUCUAAAAGAAAAUUUAAUUCAUCAGACUAAGCAGCGUUCGUCCAUUGUUCUAUGGUCCAGUUCUGAUGCUAAUGUCUCCACUGAAGGCGCUUUAAGUGGUGGACAGAGGUCAACAUGGGCACUAUGCAGCCUCAUAUGCAGCAAACUGUGAUGCAUUAUGUGUUCUGACACCUUUCUAUCAUGGCCAGCAUUAACUUUUUUAGCAAUCUGAGCUACAGUACAUUGAGCUACGGGCUAGCCUUCACCCAUGUGCAUCAAUGAGCCUUGGACUCCCAUGACCAUUUUGGUAGGUACUAACCACUGCAUACUGGCAACACCCCACAAGACUUGCCAAUUUAGAGAUGCUCCGACCCAGUCGUAUAGCCAUCUCCAUUUGGUCCUUUUAAAGUCACUUAGAUCUUUUUCACUUGCCCAUUUUUCCUGCUUCCAACACAUUAAAUUCAAGAACUGCUUAAUAUAUCCCACCCCUUGACAAGUGCCGUUGUAACAAUUUAAUCAAUGUUAUUCCCUUCACCUCUCAGCACUUUUAAUGUUGUAAAGGCAAAAAGGGAAUUAGGGGCACACCCAGAACAUUUCUCAAGAAUGGUGCUACUAAAGAGACCAAAAUGUAUACAUAAUACAGACUAAGCUACAGCGCACACAUUAUUAUGAUGUUAUUAUUUAUAUAGCGCCAUGAUAUUCCGUAGCGCUGAUAUAAAAAUAGUUAAAAAUUUUAUAAGGCUACUUAAUAUCACCUAUCUCAGCAAACAAAUAUGGAAACUCAGUUCCACAAUAUGGCCAUAUUGUGUGUGUUAUGGCCAUAUUGAGCCUAUCACUAUUUCACACUAUCACAAUAUCAGUGGGUCCUACAUUAAUUCCAACAUGGGUGACAAAUGAAAUAGUGCUAGUGCUGAAUGAACUAAAGGGUAUUUGAUUAAAGGGACAGUUUAGGCAUAAUUACAACUUCAUCUAAAUUAAGUUGUUAUGGUGCCAGGAGGCCCCUGCGCACACUCUUUCCUCAAUUGGUAAAACCUUUCUCGAACAAUUUAACCACAUAGUUGCCUCCAGUGUGGAUCUCAACUUCCCCCAGGCGACAUCCAGCUUCAGAAAAUUUUUGUUUCAGGAAGCACGGAGUGCCACCGGGUCAGCUGGGAUUAGUGUAGAACCCACCAAUAUUGGGGUACUGUGAAGUACUGAUGUGCUUAACACAUAGUGACCAUAUGGUGGAACUGAAAUUGUUUGCCAAGAUAGGUGAUGUUAAGUAGCCUUAUAACAUUUUAAACUAUAUUUUAAUGGGUGCUGUACCUUAAUCUUUAUUAUAGGUUAAAUGUUGUGGCUGAUCAGUGUAUCAUCCCUAUAACCCUCGUCCUCUAUUCACGAGGGCCGGUGCAAGGAUUUUUGACUACACAGGCAAAGAUGCAUUUUGCCACCCCCCUCCCCGUUGAAAAUUUUUUUUAUCUUCACCUGUGUGUCUUUUACCCCCCCUUUUGACUAACUUACCCCCUUUAGUGAUUUAUAUCCCAUUUUUUAUGUCUUGCCCCCCCUUUUAUCUGCUGUGUCCCCCCUAUGCUGUAUUUUAUCUCUCAUGUGUCUCUUAAAACCCUCCUUGUGUAUUUUUACUUCCCCAGCCCUUUGCCUUUCUCUCUCUUCCCCAGCCAGCUUUUGUGUCUUUCAUCCCCCUGCCCUUUUGUGUGGCUCUUUCUCCCCGACAUAUUUGUGCGUCUUUUUACCCGAGUACCUUUGUGCAUCUCUUUCUGCCCCUAGCCCCUUUGUGCUUCAUUCUCCCCCACAGCCCCUCUGUGCAUCUUUCCCCCAGCCCCUCACCCUUCUGUGCGACUUUGUCCCCUUUGUGUUUGCCCCCCCUCAACCCGCCUGUUUGUUUAUUUGUGCCCCCCAACCCUCCUGUGUCUUUUAAUAUUCUCCCGUACCUUUUAUUGCUCCCCUCCCCUCCUGUACCUUUUAUUGUCUCACCUCCUCCCCUCCUGAACCUUUAUAGUUGACCUUUCCCUCCUGUGUCUUUCAAUGUACCCUGUACCUUUUAAUGUCCCCCUCCCAUCCCAUUUAUUGUCCCUCCUUCCUCUUCUGUACCUUUCAUUGUCCCCCCUCCUGUAUCUUUCAUAAUCCCCCAUAAUGUUCCUUUUACUGUCUCCCCUCCUGAGCCUUUCAUAGUCCCCCCUCCUUACCUGUCCCUUUUCUUGUCCCCCCCAUCCUGUACCUUUUAUUGUACCCCUACCCUCCUAUACCCUUUCCUCCCUCCUGUCCUGUAUCUUUUAUUGCCCCCUCCCCUCUUGUACCUUUUAUUGUUGUCCCCUGUAUCUUUUAUUAUCCCCCAUCCCCCUAUUCUACCUUUUAUUAUUGUCCCCCCUCAUGUACCUUUUAUUGUAUUCCCUUUUGAACCUUUCAUAGUCCCCCCCCUUCCUGUACCUUUUAUUGUCCCCUUACCCUCCUGUUCGAUUUGUGUCCAACCUUUUUUAAACACUUUUACAAGAUACAGAACUUUCUUGGAGCCUUUUCCUCUAGUGUAUCAUGGCCAGUGCAAACCAAUAUCACUUUAUAUUCAAAAAGGGCCAUGACUGACCAAUUAGAAUUGCUAUUUGAUAUUGGACAUUGACUGGAGGGGGGCUAACAAAAAACAGAGUCUCUAAGUGAGCCUUGGAAAGGGGGAAGCGAACUAUGAACAAUUUGAAACUGUAUGUUAGAUAUUCUAAUGUUAAAUUCUAAAGUUCUAAAUUAAAUUGAAUAUGUUAUGCCAGAUUACAGUAACCCGUUAACAUUUAAAUAUAUAAAGGGAAUCAAUAGGAGGAGACUAUAUUAAAAAGAAAAACUACCACAGAGUCUUAAUUUAGAGGGGCAAAGGUUUAAAAAUAAUUUCAGGAAGUAUUACUUUACUGAGAGGGUAGUGGAUACAUGUAAUAGCCUUCUAGCUAAAGUGGUAGAAGUUAACACAGUGAGGGAGUUUAAGCAUGCGUGGGGUAUGUAUAAGGCUAUAACUUAUACCUAUAAGACUUAAUAUAAGGCCAGGGACUAAUGAAAGUAUUUAUAAAAUUGGGCAGAUUAGAUGGGACGAAUGGUUCUUGUCUGCCAUCACCUUAUUAUUAUUAUUUUAUUUAUAUAGCGCCAUCAGAUUCCGUAGCGCUGUACAUGGAUGGACUAACAGACAUGUAAUUGUAACCAGACAACUGGACUUACAGGAACAGAGGGGUUGAGGGCCCUGCUCAAUGAGCCUACAUUCUAGACAUUCUAUGUUUCUAUGUUAAUGAGGCUGUGGCGAAGCCCUAACGCAUUAUAUACGGUGCUUGCGUUUAUUUAUUGGUCUACUUGGUGAUCAUGGCCGUAUGUGAAGUUAUUUACUGGCAAAUCCACUCUGCCUAUAUUGCAAAGGACUGCAUGUUAGAGUAGUUAAACUGGUCUGUAAUAUCAGAUGGUAUUUCUACUAUAAAUGUGCAUUUGUGCCUGCAGACAUGUCCCAUUUCUGAGAAUUUGCAUUGUCGAUGGCGUCAUUUGCAGGUUCUGUCUUAGAGAUCCCGCAGACUGAAGUAAAUUAUUUCGAUGUUUCACUUCCCUUUAAAAAAUAGAAAGCGGAGUCUUCAACCUUUCCACUAUAGCGCUGGAAGGGUUAUUGCAGAUAGCUGAGCUUGUUGCACUUACUUAGAGAAGGCGAUUUUCCUGGAUGUUGGACGUUUAGAGCAUAUAAAUUUUGAGUGAAAAGUGACAAAUAUACAUAUAUUUUUUAAAAUACUUUUUCCUCACACAGUAGACCAUGACACAGCACAAUAAACUUGUUUGUCCAAGUAGAUGAGGUUGAUAUUUUGCAGUCAGCAUGUGCUUUUAACCAGAGGUCAUGUGUCUUUGUGGUAGCAAUAAAUAACAGAUGUUGCUUUUAAAUGCACUGCUAGAUCUCUUUCUAACACCUCUUUGUAAAAACCCACCUGGUUAAUGCAUUGCAGGUAUUCUUACAGGGUGCUUGAGGUGAAGUUGGGAGUAGGUGUGACAUUUAUGCAGUUUUUUUAUCAUUGGUAAUAUGCCCACUCCUAGAGGGUGCAGGCCAUGCCUCCCUAUUUGAAGAGCCCUGUGCAUUCUUGUGCAUGAGCAAAAUAAGACUGGAAUCAUUGUCUAAUGCAACACCAAUGCAUAUAAAUAUGCAAUACAUGCGACUACUGAUGCGAUGGUGGACCCUUUCAAAAAUGUCCCUUGCAAACCAGCAAGUAGCGAGGCUGAUUGGCAAUUGUGCUGGUCAGUUCCAGUCAGGGUAGCACAUGUGCAGACGGCAGUUGAAGUGGGCAAAACGUUCUUCAUUCGUUUGACGAAGCGUGAGCACCUUAUUUUUAAUUUUUUUUACAAAAGUGAGAAUUGUCAUAAAUUCUAAAUCAAUUUAAGCCCAAAGUAGCUGGAAUGGAAGUAUAACUGACUUGGAGAAUUGUUCUACUUCUGCUAUUUAGGCCUUCAAUUUAAAAUACACUUUUAAUUCCCAACAAUUCUCACUUUGGUGACUAAUUGCUCAUUGUGGACUUUUCUCUGGUUUUCCCAGAAGCAAGAAACCAGCAAACAAACCUAAGAAAGAAGUCAUAGCGAAACUGUCCUGUGUCCUGCAUAUAUACAUGCUAGAAAUGUACAAAAACGGGAGGCAGAACCUCUUGAGCACCUUUACAGACUACUUCCAGCUCCUGAUCUGCCUGCUGAGCGAACUGACCCGCAGGCAAAACUUGGGGCCUGGCGAGAGAUGUUGCUGGGAGACGCGGCCGAUCUCCCUUUACCCAGCCUGCCCUGGCUUACUCCGAGUGCAACUUGGGCCCCAUACUUGCCCCCAAUGGGGGUUAUUCUGAACCACGCUGGAUUCGAGAGCAGUUACCCUGAACAAUGUGGCGACUCUGGCAGACUGCACUUCCCAAAAUGCCUGCCCCACAUACUCCUAACAAGUGCUGCCUGAAAUUGAAACCAGCCAACACGCAUAUCUUAGAGUAUCGAACUCUGACUUACCUGGCUAGACUGGAGAAAACUGCAUCCCUGCCCACAGCAACAAACCGAAAGAUAGGUGGAGGGAGAUCGGGAUGCCACACACCGAACGGGCCGGCAACCACAGCUCUCACAACUGUCUAUUUGAUCGAGAGCUAUGCGGAGCCUAGUCCCAACAUGCCGACCGCAUCUGCCUAGGUGCGCUACAUGAGUCCGUCGACACUACCCUCUACAAUGCUUCAGGGUCCUACGUGGCCCGAGGAUGGAGGCCCUUUGGCAGAUCUGGGGGUGGAAGGAUGAACCUGCCUAGUGCUGCUCCCACAAAUGGACUCUCCAUGCAUUUCCAUAAGCUACCCAGUCAGGGGGUUGGUUGACUGUCUCUCAAGAUCCAGCGGAAUACUAGAGCUGUUUAUCUCAUUGCACAUGCUUAGUCACUAUUACUACUCCUGUGAUAUUCAUGUCUUUGCUAUCUGUCCCUAUGUUAUUAAUUGAUCCUUCAUUUAGGCAUGUAAAUGUAUGUCUCUCUUAUGAUAUGUAUACAAAAUGGUGCUACUACCUUGACACAUACUGUCCUCAAACCUUGUGAUUUGGUUAAUGUCCCCACUUGAUUGUUGUUCCUCAAAUGCGCCACAAAAAUAAAAAAAUGUAAAAAACAAACAAAUGACUUGCCACUAAUAAAAUGUAUCCCAUCAGUUCCACAGGUAUUAAAAUGCUGCACAGAAUUUGUGGAAGAACAUGGAGUAGUAGACGGAAUUUACCGACUGUGCGGGAUCGCUUCCAAUGUGCAGAAAUUACGGUAAGUGAGCUAAAAUUAUGUAUAUAAUCUGCAGUACAAAUAAGAUGGGGGAGAGUGUAUAAUGUUAUAAAGCAGAAAUCUCAAACUCUGUUUAUCUGAGGAUCACUGUGCAAGAUGUCUUCUCACAUGGGGACCUCUGAUUCCUACUCCCACACAAAAAAUACACACACAGAUCCAUAUUCCCAAACACACUCACAGUUCUUCACUGACAGACACACAGAUAAUCACUUCCAUACACAGUCAUUGAAACACACAUACAGGUACAUAUUAUUAUUGUAUUCUUUAUAUAGCGCCAGCAAAUUCCGUAGCACUGUAUAUUCGGACAUACACACAAUCACACAAACUGAAUGAGCCACACACAGGCAACCCUGGAAAAAUCCCUUAAUGUAGUGUGGCCUAGUGGCAUACUGAGGUCUAGUGCCGGUGUGCUUAAAGGUAUUCUCUAGUGUCAGGAAAACAAACCCGUUUUCCUGGCACUAGAGAAUCCUGGAGUGCCCCCGUCCCUCCCAUCCCCCAUCCCGUGUUGCUGAAGGGGUUCAAACCUCUUCAGACAAUUACCUGAAUCCAGCACCAAUGUCCCUCGGUGCUGUGUCAGGCUCCACCCACUGUCCUCCCCCACUGAAGGAGACCUAUUGAGUAGUGUAUAUGUGUUUGUACUCACACCUCUUGACCUUUCAUCUCUAUUAUCCCUCUUUAUGUCACUUGAUAAUUUACAUUGAGGCUCCAGCAGAUAGUGUGUAAACAAGGAGCAGGAAAAUUAUGUCCUGUCAUGAUCCUGGCCCUUCACACACAUAAUGCACAGCACUGUGCGCUAGAUGAAGUCCUAUCAGGAGAAAGCAGCCUCUCUAUCAUGACGCCAUUCAGCCACGCUACAUUAGUCAGACGGCAACCAGAAGCUCAUUUAACAUACUAUGCAGUCAGCUUCCCGACAUCUGGCAACCAAUAUUAUAAGUUUCUUGGUCUACCUUCAUCCCUUGGUCUACCUUGGUUAUUAGGGCACUGAGAGCUAAAUGACAGGUAAAAUGAUUACCUGGAGAGCCAGGGCACCAUAACUAGUAUAACUGACUGUAGUAGUUAUGGUGCUUGGAGUGUUUCUUUAUGUGCAAUGUGAAAGUUACAUUACAGCGAGGUAUGCUGGAUGGGUUAGCGUUUAAAAGACGUGUCGCACCCUUCCUGCCAGUCCCACCAAACUACAAAAUUACAGUACAAUAAAUACAGUUGUAUGUGAUGCAUUGCAAAUACAAUCCCCCCCCCCCCCCCCCCCCGCUUUUUUUUUUUGCUUGCAUAGUUUCUAAUUCAUUAUCUUUAAAUGCAUGAAAAAUAAAAAAAAAAUGCCAUUUCGAGAGAUGAAGUUCCUCUCUGACUGGACAAAUUGCAAGGUUAAGUUAUUAAUUGUGCUGUGUCCUUCUGAAUUACAGGCAGGAAUUUGAAACAGAUCGACUCCCUGAUAUGAACAAGGACACAUACUACCAAGAUGUACAUUGUGUCAGUUCCCUCUGCAAAGCAUAUUUCAGACAACUGCCGAACCCACUGUUAACAUAUCAGCUGUAUGACAAGUUUGCUGUAAGUACCAGCUCCCACCAAGUAUUGAUAUAACCAUUGCACCACAUCCAAUCUCUGCAACCAACUGUCACCUGCCAGACAAUGAACAAUAUAUAUAUAUAUAUCGUGUGUGGGGGGUGGAGGGUGAUAAGUCGGCUAUAUUUUGGCCAAAUAUUUCAAAAGUCCACAGUUACUUACCACUAAAAAUGCAAAGGAUGUCAUAAUAUUUAGUGCCGGUGUGCUUAAAGGUAUUCUCUAGUGUCAGGAAAACAAACCCGUUUUCCUGGCACUAGAGAAUCCUGGAGUGCCCCCGUCCCUCCCAUCCCCCAUCCCGUGUUGCUGAAGGGGUUCAAACCUCUUCAGACAAUUACCUGAAUCCAGCACCAAUGUCCCUCGGUGCUGUGUCAGGCUCCACCCACUGUCCUCCCCCACUGAAGGAGACCUAUUGAGUAGUGUAUAUGUGUUUGUACUCACACCUCUUGACCUUUCAUCUCUAUUAUCCCUCUUUAUGUCACUUGAUAAUUUUUGCUUCAUAUCACUAACCUCCUGCCUCCUAUUAACCAUGUCAAUAGUCCACUUGCUAUAUAGAUCACUAUUCCUCUCCAUAGGUAUUGUUACAGGUGACUUUAAGGGGUUGAAGCCCCAGAUGUGGGGCUCUAUAGGUCCAUAUCACAUGCCUAAUGGAAAAAGUACUAGUAUUUUCACUUUGAAAGUGAUAGCGGAAACAUUCUCACCCCACAGAUGACUGUUGGGUGGAGGUGAUGGGUGGUGAAUGUGCAGCAUUCCUUCUGCUUUAGAGGGCAGCAUGGCCCAUGGGUUAUCGCUAUAGCUGUGACUACAUGUGCAAAAGGGUGGCAUUGGGGACUGACCUUUGAUGCAGCCUUGAGGCAGGUGUCAUCACAUUUAGCUUUGUACUAAAUCCCUUAGUAGGCCCUAGUACCUAAAAUUAGCCCUGUUUCUUGUAUUGCAGCACCUGUAAUAAUUUUGUUUGUGGAACUUGCUUCCUUCAUUCCCCACAAAAGAGGCUCACACCCCCAAUGCCCGUAGUUCACACCUUUGGAGACCUUUCUCUUGCUGCCAAAUAGCAUGAGUACAGCCGUAUAGAUGUGCUUCAGCUAGUUCUGAAUGGCACUGCUCCAGCAUGACUACCUUCUAUUGAUGCAGGAUGCCAUGAUCAUUAUAUUGUGAACCACGCAGCAGCAGUUUUGGUCAGCAACAUUCCUGGUACUCUAUGAUCUGUUACUCUUCCAUAAUCCAUCUGCACAUAGGAUAUGUUUCUGCUGAGAACAAUAAUACUAUACCCCUUGAUCCAGAAUGCCAGGGCUUAAUUCCCAUUAGAAAACAAUAGAAAUUGCAAACCCGGUUAUAGAGAUCUUCUCCUGUCCUAAUUAAUGGAUUUGUUCUGAGACAAACAUGUUUUAAAAUCUGUUUGGGGGCACAUGAUCAAUCAAAAAAUAACUCUAUAAUAUAUUAUGUGAUAAAAUAAAAACGUUCUUCCUAAUGAUCUUGUGGUUUUUAAACCAGGAUGCUGUAGCAAUACAACUCGAGCAAGAACGAUUAGUGAAGAUAAAGGAUGUGCUGAAAGACCUUCCACUUCCUCAUUACAGGUCAGAAUAUACCUUCCAUCUGGUUCCAAGUCUUAAUUUAUUAUUUAACUCUCAAAUCUGCAGUAUAUAAUGUGCCUGUACAACUUUAGGCAAAUACAAAGUACUAACCUUUUCCAUUUUUUUCCAUUUAUGUUCUGUAGAACCCUGGAGUAUCUCAUGAGGCAUCUGGUUCGAAUGGCUUCCUUCAGCUCACAAACAAACAUGCAUGCAAGGAAUCUAGCCAUAGUCUGGGCUCCGAACUUGCUCAGGUAAAAUAUCCUGUAUGUUGUGAAUGCUCAGAGACCAAAUAUGCCUUAAUUAUAAAUAAUAGUCUGUCUACAUAUCUAGUAAUAGGAAUUAGAAGAACCAACAAUCUUCUUUCCAUGUCUUCAUCUCUUAAAAAUGUUAUGUGUAUUCCUUAAUCAGUAAUAUCCUUAAAUGAUUGUUCUGAUACACAAAGUCCACUAAGGUCUCAUUUUUGGAUACGCUUUUGAAAUUAUUUUAUAUUUUUGGAUAAACUUCUAAAAUUAUUUUUAAAAAAAAAAAAUAUAUAUAUAUAUAUAUAUAUAUAUAUAUAUAUCAAAAGAUUAGUAUUUUUCAAAACAUUACAUUAUUCUAAAAGUUUAUACAAAUUAAUAAAUUAUUUCAAAACGUAUCCAAAAAUAUCAAAUCAAGGCCCAAGUUAUUCUGCCUGUAAUGUAUUGACCCUUUGUCUGUCUAUGUCUAUUGUAAUAUGACAAAAUGGCAAAGUAUAUGUUUAAUUGUUAUCCUUUCUUCUGUCCAAGGUCCAAGGAUAUUGAAGCAUCUGGGUUCAAUGGCACUGCAGCAUUUAUGGAGGUUAGAAUCCAGUCCAUUGUGGUGGAAUUUAUCUUGACACACGUGGAGCAGCUCUUCGGGGACACACCACUUGGUAGAGCUUAAUUAUAUUCUAUAAGAUCAACUAAUAUUGGUUACUGUAUGAUUAUCAACAUACUAUUUCUUAUUAUAGUCAAAAAUACUUCACACUGCACCAUAUGGAAAUGGAAACAAUACCCCACAUAUGUACUUUUUAGAGGUAUCAACAUGAGUAGUAUUCUCCCACACGAUUUGAUAUGGACAACCGUCCUUCAAUGUCUGUCCAAAAUCACAUUUAACCUUCCAAGUAUGUUCUUCUAUGCAGCGCAACUAGGUCUGUAAAGGUAAACAUGUCAUUGCAAUGCGAAAGAAAACAAGAACAGUACUAAUGCUAGGAGAAAAGCCAAUGACAUUAGUUUAGCUUGGGAGACAUUAGCUAUACCAGGGCAAGAAAGUUCACUGGUAGAUUGAGGCCUACGUUUUGAGAAGUGCUCAUCCGAACCAGAUGUUAAACUUUAAUUAUAAAGAAUAUGUUUAAAAAUCAACACAAGACCAGCAUUAGAGAAUCAUGUGGUAGAGGAACACAAAGAGAGAAUAAAGACAACCAGUUAGGGAUAUACAUUUAUGAAUCAGAAGACAGGUGGACAACCCGUACAACAGUAAAGGUAACCCUUGUGAGCUACUCUGAGGAGAAAUGACACAGCUUAAGAAACAUUGAUAUUAUAUAACACAGGGAGCCAUUCAACGAGCAAAGAAAGGCACUAAAAUAAAAAACAGGUUUAAAGGGACACAAUAGUCACCAGAACAACUACAGCUUAUGGAAUUUGUUCUGGUGAGUAGAAUCAUUACCUUCAGACUUUUUGCUGUAAACUCUGUCUUUUCAGAGAAAAUGCAGUGUUUACAUUACAGACUAGUGAUAACUUCACUGGCCACUCCUUAGAUAGCGGUUAGAGAUCCUUCCUGGGUCAUGGCUGCCUAAAAUGCAUCCAAACAUUCAGUGUCUCCACCCUCUGCAUGCAGACACUGAACUUUCCUCAUAGAGAUUAAUUGAUUCAAUUCAUCUCUAUGAGGAGAUGUUGAUUGGCCAGGACUGUGUUUGAAUCAUGCUGGCUCUGCCCGUGAUCCGCCUCCUUGUCAGUCUCAGCCAAUCCUAUGGGGAAGCACUGUGAUUGGAUCUGGCUACCACUUCUGAUGAUGUCAGCACACUGCUUGUUUUUCUGAGUCUAACAGCAUGCAGAGUUACAGCUUCAAGCUUGAAUACAGUAAGAUUUUUACUAUAUUUAUGGAGGCAUGAGGGGCCCAGAUGGUGGUUUUGACACUAUAGGGUCAGGAAAACAUGAUUGUGUGUCUGACCCUAUAGUGAUCUUUAAGUAUGCUUCCAUGGAACUUGCUACAGAAUCCAAAUUUAGACUUAAAAACACUUAAAAAGAGAAAUUUGGAUUUUGGGUAAGGGAAGUGAACAACUGAAGUAAGCCUAAACUGUGCAAUAUUUUGCAGCUGUGAUGGAGUAUGGAAGAAUAAAAUAUAGGCUGUUACCAGUUGGUAUUAAGGGUGAAGGAGAACUCCACAAGUGAGAAAUAUCUAGAGAGAAAGCAUAUAAAGAACAGUUAUAUGAUACAUGAUACCGUCUGCUUGCAGUACUAUGUAAAACUACAAAGAUAAUAAUCUAAACCGAUACUUUAUUUAAAAAGGACCAGAUUAGUUGAAAUAUUCAGGUGGGUUUUUUGUUUUUUUGUGCAGGAAAUGGGAAUGAAACAAAUGCAUCCACUCCUGAAGAUUAUUUCCGCUCUCUAUCCUACAAUAUACCAAGCGUGCUGAAUCAAGGGGAUGGACCUCCCCAAAUCCGCCCAUACCACACUAUAAUAGAUAUCGCUGAUCAAAAGUAAGUUUUUGUUUGGUCUUCGGUUCAAAUAUGUUUAAGCACCCAGAAUCAAAAGACGAGACAGGUCCAAUUUUCUAUACUAGAUAUGGUGAGCCUAGAUGAUUUCAGCCUUCUUUAGGCAUCAUCAAUAAGGUGCAGGUGAUAUCCUGGGCACAAGGAAUCUAUAUCCAGGCUGCGCGAUUGACUUGUGGAGAUGCUAGCUUAGCCACUGCUGAGGCCUUAAAAAGCUUAGGUGUGCUAUUAUUGAUAUAUAUUUAUAUAUAUACACACACUUGUGGGUGUGAUCAUUCUGCAGAUGGCAUAUAUAUAUAUAUACACACAUCACCCACAAUUAUAUCUAUCUGUAAUAGCACACAUUCUGCAGAUGAUAUAUACACCAUCUGCAGAUUCUGGGAUGGGUGAUAUAUAUAUACCAUCUGCAGAAUGAUCCCACCCACGAGUGCAAUACAUUACCAAUAUGCCAGGCAGACCUCUUUAAGUAGGUAAAGUGCCAAUGCUAAGAAAACGUAAAAUAGAUGUUAGAACAGCGAAGAGCGUGGAAAAAAAGAUGGAACUAUUGGUAAUCCUAUCGUAAAAGUGUAAAAAAGCUAUUUAUUAAUGUUUAACAAAUUAAAAGAGCAAAAUAUUAAGACAUGUAAACAAAAGUCUAAUAAAAUAAAAACUUGUAAUAUUUUAAAUGCCAUUGACAGAAGGAAGGGUUCAAUAAAAACAAGGAAAUGGCGAUCAAUCUUCAACCUUGGGCGAUCGAAUAACGACUCAAAGCGCAAAACCAACAAGCAGGACGAUAAAGGUCUGUUGUUCCACAUUAACAAUUGGGCAAAUAAUAAAUACUUGUAUAAUUAACCCCUUAAGGACACAGCUUCAGAAGCUUGUCUUACGCUUAAUGACACAAGCAAUUUUUGCAUUUUCUUGCUGUAUGCGUUCAACUGCAAUUUGCAUCUCUCUCGUUUAUUGCACCGACACAUAUUAUACAGUUUUACUGUUAUACUGUUUUUUAAAGGACAGAAAGGGCUUUAAUUUGAUGUAACAUAUAUAUAUAUAUAUAUAUAUAUAUAUAUAUAUAUACUUAUUUAUUAUUAAAAAAAAGAGAGAGAAAUUUUGUGUUUUUUGUACAGUUUUUGCAAUAAUAAUGUGUGCCUAAUUAGUGCAGGUUAAAGAAAGUAAUAAAAAAUAAAUUCACUUAGUUGUUCUUAUUUACAGAAUAUAGAAUGUGUCUGGGAUUUUAAGGUUUUUUUGGUAGUUACAAGUCACAAAGCACAAGGAGUAAACUAAACCUUUAAUGUGGAGUGAUUUUAGAAUUUGGUAUGUUUGUCUUGUAAGCUUAAUAGCCAUAAAAGAAAACAAAAUUGCCACACAAAAGUAUAUAUUUAUAUAAAGGAGACAUCACAGGCUAUUGUCCUAAGGUUGUUUUGACACUUUCUACGUAGCCAUUUCACCGCCAACCUCUGCUAAAUAUUGGAGUAAAAUUUAGUUUUUGGGGGUUUUUGGCACACAAACUUACAACAAAGAACUUCUCAUGUAUAUUUUGUAAAGUUGGUGUGUGCUAUUCCUGUACAAAGUUUUAUUUUGUGUUCAGUUACUUCUGCUGAGUACAACGAUACCCCCAUUGUAUGUCUUUGACACUAUUUCGUGAAGCUACAGUGCCAUAUAGGAGACCUGUCCUUUUCAACAUUUACAGUAGAAUUUUGAGAGGCGGAUUUAAUGGGCCUAUGCUUCAAUUUGGGGUAUUAAAGCAGUUUGAUUGUUCAAAAAAAAACCACAAAGGCCUACCAUUUGUAAAAGUAGACACUCCAGGGUAUCUCAUACCCUGCCAUAACAUGCCCCCAUUUUUUCACCAAUAUAUGCCAAAGUAUGUGGUAAAAAAUUAUUUUGGGCAUUUUUUACAUACGGAUUACAUUUUUGCUGGGCAUUUUGUACAUUUCAUAUGUGCCAGUAAGUUCAAACCCCCCAAAUUAUGCUCAGCUAAGUCUUCUGAGCAAAACAAUAUGCCCAAUGUAUGACCUAGACACUAUUUUGUGAAGUUACACUGCUGUAAGAGAGACGUGACAAGUUAAGGUUUUUAAGUGUGAAUUUUCAUGGAGGGUUUUGAUGCGUCCGUGUCCCACUUUGGAGCACUUGAGCAGGCUAUAUAUUACAACUACACCAUACCAUUUCUUAAAGAACACAUCCCAGGGUAUUUCAAAAGGCAUAUUUUGAACGUUAGCAUGGGAUAAUUUUUCCGCUAGCUUGUACCAAGUGUAGAGGUAAUAAGCGUUUUUUUGCCUUUUUGACACACAAAGUGAGUUUGCACAGUAUAUUUUGCAAAUCGUAUGUGUGCUACGACUGUAUAAUACUUCAUAUGUUGCUCAGCUAUGUCGGCUGAGUACAGCAAUACCCCCGUAUGUACCUUUGCCUGGUAUAUGUGGACAUCGGAGGGGCACAUUUGGGACACAGCCAUUCCAGUUCUUUUCAAACUUUGAAUUUUUACGCUGUGUCCAUGUCCCAUUUUAGAGUAUUUUACAAGGCUAUAUAAUCCAAUUACCCCAUAAAGGCAUACCAUUUCUUAAAGAAGACAUCCCAGGGCAAUUCAAAAGGCAUAUUUUGAACCUUGGCGUGGGAUCAUUUUUCCACUAGCUUGUACCAAGUGUAGUGGUAAUAAGCAUUUUGUCUGCCUUUUUGACACACAAAGUGAGUUUGCGCAGUAUAUUUUGCAAACCCUAUGUGUACUACGACUGUAUACUACUUCAUAUGUUGCUCAGCUAUGUCGGCUGAGUACAGCAAUACCCCCGUAUGUACCUUUGCCAGGUAUAUGUGGACAUUGAAGGGGCACAUUUGAGACACAGCCAUUUUCCAAUGUAUUUUACAAAGCUAUAUAAUCCAAUUACACCAUAAAGGCAUACCAUUUCUUAAAGAAGACAUCCCAGGGUAAAUCAAAAGGCAUAUUUUGAACCUUAGCAUGGGAUAAUUUUUCCGCUAGCUUGUACCAUGUGUAGUGGUAAUGAGCAUUUUUUAAUGUAUUUUUUUACUUUGUAAAACUUUUUUUUACUUUGUUAAACUUUAUUACUUUGUAAAAUCCGUUUUUAAACUUUUUUUUUUACUUAUUAAAUGUUUUACACUUUCUUAACUUUUUUUACACUUUAAAAUUUUCUUCAUAACUUUUCUUUUACCGUUAACCCCUAACUAGCAGUAAGCAGCACUAAUACCAAAUUCCCCACUAACUUCCACCCAUCCCAGCUAGCUAAAUAUAUAAUUUUUAAAUAUUUAAAUUAAUUAAUAAAAUAAAUUUAACCCCUGAGGGUUAAAAAAAUAAUAAUUAACCCUCAGGGGUUAAAAAAAAAUAAAUCAGAUGACAUUAAAAUGUAUACCCUGCCAAUUGAUCACUGUAGUCAGUGAUCAAUUGGCAGGGAAGGGGUUAAUUUUAUUAAAGCAGGGGAAAGGGGGGGUGGGAUUUAACUUUAUAUUUUUUUUUCAGCAGCACUGAUCCGUCUCCCUGCACCUCACACAGAACCUGGAAGUGCAGGGAGGCGAAAGGUAAGUAUAUACAGCACAUGUGCUCACUCUGACAGCCUAUCAGAGCGAGCACCGGUGCUGGGGUAGCCCGAUCGGGUGCUCCCGGUCUGCCUCUAAUACAGAGGCAGACCGGAGCACCGUUAACCCUGCGAUCGCGGCGAUCUGGGGUUAACUUUAGUAAAUGACAGAAAUUUUCCAUUCGCGGUCGGGAAGGGGUUAAAGAACAAAGGUUUGUUAGCAGCGCAUUUAUGUUCCACAAAAAAUACCAGCAUAAUUAUUUAUCAAUGUUUGAAUCCCUGAAGACUUGUAGAUUAGAAGAGCUAUAAUGUACAAAUUUAAUGUUUAAGUCGAUCUGUUUUAAUAGACAUGCAACCCCUCCACCCCAUUACAUCCUCCUACCUUUAGUUAUGCAUUUUUUUCAAACUCAUACAUUUUCUUAUGCAUAACCUGAAGAUUGGCAAAAGUUGACAAGGCGUGGAGCUUUAUUCAAGCUCCAUGACCUUUGUCAUUGACCGUUUUCUUCUGUAAACCCCCUCCCCAGCAUGUCACUUCCUAAAGCGGCAUGUCACUGACCAUCAUUGUUGACUCUCAUGCAAUUGCGAGAGUCAACACUAUUGUCAGUAAAGUCACUGGAUCCCCUGGUGUAAUUUCACGUGGAUGCCCAAGAAAGGGAUGCAUGUGGUGACAGAUUCGCUUUAAAGAGGAGCCGCCAAUUCCAAGAUUUUUUACUUUCUUUAUAUAGCCUCUAUAUUUAACUUAUUUAUGUUUGUGAGGUCUGAAAAUUAAAAGUAGACAAGCACACUGCUUUAUCCUAGAAAGGAGCACUUUCAUGUUGGCUCCCUGUCAAUAAUUGUAUAAACUUUCUCAUUUGCACCUGUCUGUCAGCAUAGAAUAUUAAGCAAAGCUUUAAUUUCUCCUCCAAUGUAGUAUGUGCCCUGUCUAUGCUUGGACUGUUCUGGAUUGUGAUGACAGUUGCCAAUUUAUUAAUGUACAUUUUUUAAAUGAACAUAACAUGAAAAAAUGUUAACCCAAGGGGAAUUUGAAUGUUUUUUUUCCCAGUGGCGUACAAAAAUAAUAAUUCCCCUUCAAUUACCUGGUAAGUCAUUCUUUUUGUGUCUCUGGUUAAUUUGAUUUUGUUUUUUCUGUCUUUGAAGAAGAAAUAACAGAAAAAAUGAACCUACGGCCAGCCAAAAGUAUGGAUUCCCUCAGUUCGGCACCGUAUACAACUGAUGGUACGCUAAAUACAAUUGAGAAAAAUGCCUAUAUACAGUUAGUUUUAGUAAAUUAGUGAAAUUGCAGUUAAUUUUUAUUCAGAAUACUUCUAUUUAGACACCAAAUCUUAUACAAGAUAAGAAUAGAAAUGCAGAAUAAGGGGUUAUCUCAAAAAGGAAUUGACUGAGGUUCAGUACCAUAUAUCAUGAAUACAGGAAGGAAUAGUUUUAGGUUUAAAUUUUGGUUAGAAAUAAAUACCGGUAUAAGCUUUCAUCUCAAAAAAAUGUGGAAAUACUCUCAGUACAUAAUCUUUUUGAUUUCGCAGUUUUGGAUUUGGGGCACAGCAGGCUUGUGAGAACAAGAUCUCCUAAAAUUCUGAUUCCAAUACGGAGGGAAAGUUUUGAAUCUCAAUCCAAGCAAGGGAACAGUUGUCCAGUACGGGACUCUGAAGAUCAAGAUACCCAGCUAGAUGUAAUGCAGCCACCCAGUUUAGAAUUUGAUGAAGAGCCUUUGGCCAAAUCAGAACCAACAACGCCCAAACCAGCAAGGCAUUCUACUACUGCACAUCCACAAGGACGAUCACCUAAAAGCACUCAUAAUCGAGCAGAAAAGUGUGUGGGAGUUCACAUUUCUGGUCCAUUUUCAGUAACUCUCCCAUUCCAUAUCACUUCCAAUUUAUCCCGUCUCACAAGAGGAAUGGAGUGUCCAAGUCUAAUCUAUAAUCCUUUAAAAAUUUCUGAUAAAUCAUUUGCACAGGAAGAAAGUCACUCUGAAACCAGUCUUGGAAUAUCAAGUCCGGUGCCUGAAAAUGAAAAAGAUGAACCAUUUUGUGAGUAGCUUUUAAAUAUAAAAAAGUAAUAUUUAUUAUAUAUAGAAAAAAAUAAUAAUAAUGACAAAAUAUUUAAUUUUCUGCAAGAGUUCUUGAAACACUACCAUCCUUAUUCAGUAAACUUUAAAUUGUGGAUAAUUGAUUAUUUGCAUAUUUUAGGCCAAAAUAUAUUUUCACUGGCAACAUUUAGCUCCUUUUUUUAACAUCAGUUAUUUGGGCCUAUAAUUAGCAAGUCUCUUGCUAAUUUUGAAUUUAUUUAUUUUUAUAAGGAUUUUACAAAUACAGAUUUUUUUUUUUUGUUAAUCUACCAUUUGGCACUUCUUUUGACAAACAUAUUUUGGUUAUAUAAUAUGCAAUAUCCCUAUAGGUCACCUAGUGUCGAUAUGUCUCCAAUAACCUGUAAAUUACUAUUUUCAUAAUUCUCUGUUCAGCAUAUAAAUCUAUUAAUAUGUGUUUUAUAUGCGAUUGGUUAUCUUUAUCUUUUUCAUUCUACAUGCAGUCUUAGUUAAAGUUUCAUCAUUCAAUUUUUCUGUAGGGAGGAUAUGGUGGCAACAGUGGUAACAAGAAAAAUGGACUAGACACUUUUUGUGUAGGUGUAUGAAAGAAGUAGAAACACUAAAUGUGUGCCAAUGUGUAUAAUCCCCCCUAAACUGUUGCUUUAUGUGUUAUAGAUUUACAAACCGAUACAAAGGAAAAUGUGUCACUCGAGAGGGAAGAACCGAAGGACACAAUGGCUUUGAAAGUGGAACUUAAUCUACCAGCAACAGAGGAGCAAAAUGCAAAAGAACAAAACUCUCUGAAGGUGGAAAAUGAUGAGAUCUCAUUUGAUGUCCAAGAAACAUUUUCCUUUUUAGACAGCCAGGACAUAAAUCCAGAGUUUAAUGUUUCAGAUGCCUUUACGAGUGAUCAAGAUGUGUGUCCAGAUGAGAAAAUGUCAGGAUAUACUGCAAGCUAUAACCAUGGUGACAGCGAUAUUUUAGAGGAUGAACUGGGCAGUGUUUACAUGUCAGACUGUGUGCAGGCAAGUAUUACUUAAAAAAACAACACAAAAUUACUUCAUUCAUUUAGAUUCUAACAUUAAAAAAACAACCUGUGAGAUGUCCAGUAAGUGUAUAUGUGUUGUUAUCAAAGAAUACAGCAUGCCGUUGUUUUACCGUUCAACAAUAUUUAGCAGAUUUUUCUCAUAAGGGUUCAGUAAAAUGCGAUUUAUCGUGAAGGUGAAUUUCAAAUUUUAGGUCAAAGUAACUGAUCUAAAAACAAUUCCAAAAAUUCACGCUUCAGUGAAUAACCAAAUCAUUUAUACAAAAUUAAAUAUAACAAAAUGAAAGGAAGUUUGCCCAUGCUAAUGCGGUUGGAUUCUUGUGGGAUGGGUGCUGCUAAAUUUCAAUAAAUAUUAUUUGACUUAAAUCCGGUCUGUUAUACACCCACUAACCCCAUUGAAUUAACAUUUACUGGGGUUGUGGGAACAUGGAAAUAUGAAUGCGUGAAAGCCCUACUUUAAGCAAAAAUAGCUGAGUUGUUACAUUAUCCAAAUUGAAGAAUUUAAAAAAUAAGUAAUUGUUGCCAAAAUGUUACAAUUCAGUUUUCAAUUUUAUAUAUUUAACUAUUUAUUAAACACCAUAUAUGUUGUAGUGCUCUGUUUGUUAUUAUGAAAUUAUGGUGCAAUACAAUGCAAUAAAAAGCACAAAAACUAGAUGCUAUAGACCAGGGGUAGGCAACCUACGGCACUCAAGGUGUCUUUUCACGGCACUCAAGGCUGCUAGAGCCAAACAGGCCCUGGCCUAUCAGAAGUCCCAGUAAAACUUCAGAUAUCUGCUAAUACGAAAAGAUUGUGAAGGACAAUCCUCAAUUUAUGCAUUGCAGCACAUAGAGGAAGUGAUCUCAGAUCACUUCCUCCCAGCACUUGUGAAUGGGAAUCCACACUGUAGUAGAGCAGCCUGCAGCUGCUGUUAUUGCUCCUAUCUUUGACUUGUACCAGGCCAGCCUGGUCCCCACUGGAACCCAGGGAAGCCACCCACACUGCUAGAUAUACAUGGAAAUGCAGAAUAACCCUCCCUCAUACAAAUAAUAUGAACAGCCCACACACAAACAUACACACAAUCCGCACAAACAUAACCCGCUAACAAUCCACAUACAUGCACACAACCCCACAUUCAGCCUCUCACAUGCAAUACCCCAAACAGCCCACACACACUACCAAACACACAAUAUGACAUAUCCAUCCACACACAAUUCCACAAGCAGCCCUCAAACACUGCCCACAUUUAUAUGUAUCAUACACGAUAACAAACUACUAAUGAACAUAUUCAAUCUAAUAGCUCAUAUACGAACAAAUACAAUGAUACAAAGCAAUUACAGUAUAAAUAACACAAGUAGAAUACGGCAACAUACACACCUCAAUUUAAAACAAAGAUAGGAUCGGCACGCUACGGGACCUCACAAUCCUAUAUCGGCACAGUGCUGCUAAAAAGUUGCCUACCCCUGCUACAGACUAUGUUAGACCAUAAAAGAAAAAACAACAACAUUUUUUUACUCUCUCUUUUGCCUUCUCUACAGGUAGAAGAAUUUUCUGUAGAGCCUCCACCGGAUGAGUUAUCCACAGAUGACGAAGAUCAGAUGUAUUUCAUACCAACAGGUUGCUAUGAUAUUGAAGAUCAGUCUAGAGAAAUUGAAGAUUCAGAAGACAUUUUUCACAGUGCUUAUGACAUCCUUAGUCCUUUAUGUCAAGAACUGGGAACACCAUUUACAUUUUUAAAUGUCGAAGAAACAGAUAUGUUUAAAGAUGCCACUGAGUUGGAAAAAAUCAAUUCUCUGCAACAAAAUGAAGAAAGUCUACAAACAGAACCCAGACUAGAGCCUACUGUAGGCCAGGAAAAAGAAAAGAGCUCUAAUUUAAAAGACUCUUUAACUCCAAAUAUUGCUUAUGAUGAAGAGUCAAUGGAAGUUUCAGAUAGUGAGACCUGCGGACAACUCCUAACUCUAGAGAAUGAGUGUUCUUUGGAAAUCACUGAGGAAAUCAUUGCGGAUUCAAAAUCCAAAAAUGAACUUGAAAUCCAACCCGAAGAAGACGAUGAAAAUGUCAGUUGUCCAAGUAUGUUAGAGUUAGAGAACAGUUUGUUGUCUGACAAAGAUUCAGAAGUUUUUCAUGUAGAAACAAAUGAUCCAGCAUUGCCAAAUGAACUCAGCUCUUUGGAAAUACAAACUGUACUUCAUGAAAACCAGGCAGAAAAUCAAGAUGACACACAGUUCCAUCUUUCUCUGGAGGCUGAUGGCAGUAUCUUAGACAAUAUGAUAAAAUGUAAUGGUCUAGAUGAAAUCCAAGAAUCCACAAUGCAAAUCCCUGACAACAUUCUACUAACUGAAUGUGAAACCUUUGCUCAGCAAGACAAAAUUAUAGAGUGUGAAGCACUUAAAGACAACCAGAAAUGCCCCUUACAGAAAUACACAAUGUCAACCUACCCUGUUUCUAAAGCUGAGCAACACUGCAAAUUGGUUAAUGGGAUGCACCCUGAUGGAGGUGCUUCAAUGAAAAUUGCUUCCACGUUGCCUAAAAUACAGCAGGUAAAGUCUGUUCCUGUUGUACCCCCAAAGCCACAGUUUGCAAAGCUGCCUCCUGCUUUGCGUAGUAAAAUUCAUGUUGGCUCAGCAUCCUCCACCAACAAAGACACCAAGCACCAAAUAACUGAAACAAUGAACAGUUCAGAGACUGCAGAGUUAAAUAACGACUCUCUUAAAAAGCAAAGGUAUUCUGGCUGGAAAAGUGGAGUGAGUAUAUCAUUUGAUACUGCUGUUGCUCUUGCUAAAGAGCGUCAGAUGUCCCAAUGUCCAGUAAGAAGAAUGCAGACCUACUGCAUUGGAGACACAUAUGAGAUAGACAGUACAAAGGUGGACAACAGCCUAGGCCUCCAGAACCCAUGCCUAAAAUUAGGCAGUAGCAGAAUAAAUAGACCUCUAAGCUGUCUGGGGUCUCUCAGCUGUACAGAAGAGGCCAAUAAAGAAUGUAGCCAUUUAAAAGACAUGCCCACAAGUCCAGUAGGCACGUAUGGAUCUCAUUCAGUUUUAGGUCAGGAAUCUUGGCCUAAAGCACAGAAUCAUUCAGCCCGGAACAGAAUGAGUCUGCCCAGGAUUGGGAAACAGUCCAGUAUCGAAGAACCACCUGAUUCUUGCCAAAACCAGCGAAGAUCACUGCUAUAAACUGCUUAUUCCAGUUUUUCUAUUCAUUUUCUAUUUUAUGCACCUUCUGAGUGUACAUGGGGACCUAGAAAUAAGAAUAUCAGCUCUGUAUAAUGAAUGAUUAUCUUCAUACUUUCAACAUCCUAUGUUUUGAAGUCAUAUCAUACUUGCAGAAAAAAAAAAACAUAUUGACAAAGUAGAAAGACUGCUAUUUAAAUUACUCAAGUUUGAUUUAAAUACAUUCCAUUAAAGUUUACAAACUGCAUUUCUUUAUUACCAUAUCUCUGAGUUUAUACAGUGUAGAAACAGGAAAUGUGUUUUUAUUCUAAACUUAGUAUAUAGGAGUAAGAUAAUGUGGGAAUAAAAUCAAUGAAAAGGCAGAAGCACAUAAAACCAAAAGGUGUCAUUGAAAGUUUGACAGAAGAAUAUAAUUUUGGGGGUUAUACUUAACUUGGUCUUACAAUGUUCUUAAUAUCAGUUGCAUGUUCCACAUCUACACUCCUGCACCAAAUUUGAAUGUCCUUUUUUUCUUUCUUUAAAGGAAAACUCAAAUCACUAUAACCACUGCAUCAUGCUGUAGUGAUCAUGGUGCCAAGAGUCCCCCGGCACAAAUGUAAGCAAUCAUGCCAUUUGCAAACAGUUUGGACUUAAUACCUGGGGUCUGCCAACACUGGUCCCUGCUUCUCCCCUUCAAUUACUGAGAGGUGAAAGAUCCUGUGGCAGAUAAUCGCUCUCAGUCAAUGAGCUAAGCCAUGCACCACAAUGUUGAAUGGAUUGGAACCCAGCAGCCCCAAGUAUGAAUGACCAGGUCCCUGCCACUAACAAUUCUGGGCGCCGGGGCACUCUUGGCACUGUAAACACUACGUGUGUUGGGAUGUCUCUUAAACUGCAGGUGAGACUGCAGGCAGGAAUUGUACAGAGACCUAACUUCCCUGGCACUGUGCAGGUUUGUGUAAGGGCUAGUGGCCUGUACUCUCAAUGCUUUUCAAGCUUAGACUUGCCUACUACGAUAUUAAAAGGUGGACUGCAGUAUCUGGGAUUGACUAAACUGCAGACUAUGAUUAGUAUGUAUGGUGUGACCAAACGGUGAGAUGGGAUGGUGCACAUGACAUUCAUAC